ACGACGUCGUUUAAAGUCAGUGAGAUAAUUCUUGUUGAAAAUGCACGUUUUAUUUAAUUACAUUUCAUUGUAGUGUUAUCGAAUAAAUGUGUGUUUCCGUUUCGGGAAGUCAGACUUGUAUUGUGAAGAGAAGUCCGACCGCUGUGGGCGUUGUCACUGACUCCAGCUUCACUACGCCUGGAUCAAUAAAUGUAGCUGUUAGCAAUAAAACUGCUAACAUGAACGCUGCUCUUUGUUUGUAGCUAGAGCUAAAGCUUAGGCAGUUGCAUGACAGUCCGUCAUGCUGUCAUUCCGCUAUGAGUUUAGCUAGCUAAAAACUGUUGGGUGGGAUUGCAUCACAGUCUGGGUGAUGUCUCUGCAGCCUCUGCAGCAGUACGGGGAGGAUUCAGCGUCUUGCUAACUGAGCCAGUCCAGCUAGCUGAUGCUGAUGACUGGCUGUUUCCUGACAUUGAUUUGCAGUGGGAGGCACCAUGGCCGGUAAGGUGAAGUGGGUGACAGAUAUUGAAAAAUCUGUGCUCAUCAACAACUUUGAGAAGAGGGAAUGGAUUCAAGUCACGGAAAACGACGACUGGAAUUUCUACUGGAUGAGCAUCCAGACCAUCAGAAAUGUCUUCAGUGUGGACACCGGCUACCGCCUAUCAGAUGACCAGAUGGUAAAUCACUUCCCCAACCACUAUGAGCUCACCAGGAAGGACCUGAUGAUCAAAAACAUAAAACGCUACCGCAAAGAGCUGGAGAAAGAGAACAGUCCGCUGGCAGAGAAGGACGAGAAUGGGAAAUAUAUUUAUUUAGAUUUUGUACCUGUGACGUUCAUGCUUCCGGCCGAUUAUAAUCUCUUCGUGGAGGAGUUCCGCAAGAACCCGUCCAGCACGUGGAUCAUGAAGCCAUGCGGGAAGGCGCAGGGCAAAGGCAUCUUCCUCAUCAACAAACUGUCCCAAAUCAAAAAGUGGUCGAGAGACAGCCGCACCUCCACCUUUGUAGCGGCAUCUAGUGGAAAGGAGGCCUAUGUCAUCUCUCUAUACAUCGACAACCCUCUGCUGAUAGGAGGGAAGAAGUUUGACCUGCGGCUCUACGUUCUUGUGACCACGUAUCGACCUCUGAAAUGCUACAUGUACAAACUUGGCUUCUGUAGAUUCUGCACAGUGAAGUACACGCCAAGCACCAGUGAACUGGACAACAUGUUUGUUCACCUCACUAAUGUGGCCAUCCAGAAACAUGGGGAUGACUACAACCACGUCCACGGAGGCAAGUGGACAGUCAGUAACCUCCGUCUGUACCUGGAGAGCACCAGAGGGAAAGAGGUGACCAGCCGACUCUUUGACCAGAUCCACUGGAUUGUGGUGCAGUCACUCAAGGCUGUGGCUCCUGUGAUGAACAAUGACAAGCACUGUUUUGAGUGUUACGGGUAUGACAUCAUUAUUGAUGACAAGCUUAAGCCAUGGCUUAUUGAGGUCAACGCCUCUCCUUCGCUGACCUCCAGCACAGCCAACGACCGCAUCCUGAAGUACAACCUCAUCAACGACACUCUCAACAUCGUCACACCUAAUGGGGAAAUCCCAGACUGCCGCUGGAAUCGAAGCCCGCCCCGAGAGGCCCUGGGCAACUAUCAAGUCCUGUAUGACGAGGAGCAGGCACAGAGCGAGAAUGCAGAGCGUGAACUGCGGAGCCGUUCGGGUCAAUCCCUGGGGUCGAAGGGUAGCAAAGGGAGUGCAGGAGUUCGGCCCACUGCUGCAACCUGGAAGUGAGGUGAUACUGCUGACUCUUAAAGACUUCCUGUACAUUUUUUUACAGGGUGCAACCACGGGGCAUGGAGAGUAAAAAAAGAACCACAUGGACCUUUUUAUAGCUUGACUAUGUGGAGGACUGGUCCCUGUCUCUACUUUUUAUGACUGAGAGCACAAGGGGACGAAACUCUACUGCUGGACCGGAGGAAAAUCAACACUGGAGAGUUUAAAGGCCAGAGUGUGUGGCUGUAUGUAUGAAUGAGUAACUUACAAUGUAGAUUUAGUGUUUGUGGGGCUGAAAGUCAAGCAAAAGCACUUUCUAACAACCUCUGGAGCAGAUAUUCAGAAGAGGAUCCUUUUCUUGGAGUGACUGGCAGGAGAAUGGCAAAUGUAAAACUCAUGAAAGCUGUCAAUUAUUUACACAAAUGGCAUUUAAAUCCGUGAACAUGAAGGAUUUCAAGAACCUGAGCUAUGCAUGAGUCCUGACACUUUACCUUGACCCACCACACAGGUGCUAGAAAGAAAGAAAUCUCUGACUUGAAGUGGAAGAAGAAAUUAGAAAUUAAACUAAUGCAAUGAGUGUAAAGAUAAGAUAUAGUUUGUUGUUAGGACUUAUUUGAAGUAUUUAGAAUUUAAUAAAGUUUUUUUAUAAGUGCAUUAUCAGUGUUGGGGUGGGGGGUCAGUAACAUGAUUGUAAUAGGUGCUGAUUGCACUUAAUGUCUUUAUUUUCACUUAAAAUCAAUAGAUAUCAUAUUUAGUUGAAUCAUAUCUACUGCACAUUAAAAUUGAUAAUUAUAUGUGUUGGGAAUGUAUGCGCAAUAGCGGUUUAUUUCUUACAAUUUUAUUAAAUAUUCAACAUCUAAUGAUGAGUAAAGGGUGUUUUUGAUCUACUGAAAGAAGGCUGUAAAGUUUUGGAGAUCAUUGCAGUAAUAUUAUUUAGGGUUUUUGCAGUAUACAUUGUCUUAUGAUUGAGCAAAGAUACUUGUAUCUUAAUUGAGUAUGUUUCUAAAGUAAUAGUAAGAUUGUAAAGAAAAAAAGGGACUUUGGAUUCAUUUUCCUGAGUUUUUUCUACCAUUAAUCAAGGCAAACCGUGACAAAGAUUCUAUCAAUGAUCCUUUUAUUUACUGUAAGAGUUUUAUAGAGUUUUUUCUGUAAGAUAGUGGAUGAAAGAAAGCUGUUGAAAACAUUCCUCAAAACAGUUUCUGUAAUUUUGCUGCAAUUAAAUCUAUCUGCAAAUUCUGAGACAGUGUCAUUCAGCACUCAUUUUAAAAACGUGGGCUGUAGCUAUAAAACGUG